AUGUCUGGUAACUUUGUUGAUCACAUAUAUAAAUAUACAUACAAACUCGAAAAAUUGUCACUAAAAAUGGAUCUCGAUUCAAAAUUAACAGAGGCCAAACGACAAUUCGAGUCUGGCGAAAUCAAUGAGGAUGAGUUUAAGGAGCGUAAAAAAUUGAUCCUAGAAAAAUGGUUAGACCAAUCGAAGGAAACCAACCAACUUGAACAUUCUCAUGAAACAGACUUGUAUACGGUUCUCCAAUUGACGCCCAGAGCUACUGAAAAUGAAAUUAAAUCAAGUUACAGGAAACUUGCUCUGAAGUAUCAUCCUGAUAAGAAUGGCGGUGUUGAAACUGAAGAGGCAUACCAAAUCCUCUCAGAAAAAAACAGUCGCGAUCUUUACGAUAACUGCGGAACAGUCAGCAGCGACCUUUGGAAACCCUAUAUCGGUGACCUGGAAAUUGGUCUCUGGAUACACUCAUUUGAUAGCAAUAAUAGUUCACCCGAAUUAGAACAUGUAACCUCGGUUGAGCAAAAAGAACGUCGCCAUGUCAUUCGUGUUUCCAACAUUAUUCGUCACCUACAAGACAAACUUUCUCAAUUCCCGGAGCAAGAUAAUCCUUCAGAGUUUGAACCGUUUAAGCAAAGUCUUUACAGAGAAGCCCAGAAACUUCUUGCGGAACCUAACGGCAAAGAAUUAUUAUCCUUACUAGGCGAAAUUUACAUUUCUGAGGCCAAAACCCAUCAAAGCAGUUCCUCUAGAAAUAUAUUCUCUAAAAACAUGUUCUCUAAUCUUUUUAAUGGUUUCAUAUUUACUUGGGAUUUAAUUAAUGGAGUCAUAACAAACAAGACUAAUAAUGGUUCAGGAGAGGAGGCAAAAAGAAUAAAAGUUGCCUGGAGACUUUCGCGAUCGGAAAUAUCUUCUAUUACGUAUGAAGCCUGUAAGAAAGUUCUCAAUAACACGGAAUAUAGUAUGGAUAAACGCAAUAAUCUCGCAAAUUCAUUAUAUCUCUUGGGCAAAUUGUGGGUAGAAUGUGCAAAUACAGUAGUAGAAUGA